UCUCCCAUAACCCUUCGCGCAGGAGUUUGGCAGAGUUGCUAUGACGACCCUGCCCAUGCAGCCGGCAGCAGCCAGCACCGAUCGCAGGUUGGUGUCCAUGGGGUGGCAUUUGGGGUGGGGGACGGCAGGAGAGCGUGGGCCAAACUCGAGGGUGCUUUGCAAACCGAGCGUGCGGGCUUUCCCCAUCGUCCGCUCCCAUUGCUGCUCGGGCACCCUGCUCUUUCUUGCUGGGGAGGAGCAGCAAAAGGUGCCCUGAGCACCCCGCUCAGAGACACUGCCGUGAGGGCGAGGAGGGGCUGGGGAUGGUUCGGCUGCACCGGAGGGUGCCGGCAAAGGGACCCUGGUGCGGGGCAGUGCCAUGGUGCAGGGGUCAAUGGAAGGGGUGAACUCACCCAGGGCAUUCUCGGGGCUGGGUGACGGUCAGGCAGGGUGCUGCUGUGCAGGCAGAGCUGGUGCGGAGAUUACACAACGGGAUGUGGUGAGGUGGCAGGCAGGGUGCUGCCGGGGACAGCCAGCAGCCCCUUCUUUGCAGUCGGUUGAAUUUUCCACCUUACUCUUUAUGAAGUUAAUAUGUACAGCUGGAAAAAAGUAUAGUUGUAGCUAAACUGCAUUGCUCUGAAGUCCUGUGAAGGGCCAGGGGGAAAAACUGUACAAACUAAAGCUGAAUUUUGCCAGAAACCUGACAAAACUCUGAGGUGCAUAGAGCAGUGUCUAGAGAAGGACGCGGAACUCUGUAAGAUCCACAUCCCCAAACGCAGCAGCAGCAGCAGCAGAGACGCAUGGGAGCAGCAGCCUCUAGCCGUCAGCACCAAGACCUGCAGUCGCUGUUGGGAGGCUGCAGCCAGAGCAGCUCUGCACCGCCUGCCUCUUGCUGCCAGCCCCUUCCCACCCUUGUAGUAGGUGGCUAAAAACAUCCAGGGCAAUAAAUACUGACUACGUUACCACUUAUGCAAAGCUGGCAUCACUGUCUUAAAUUUGCAAGGGGAUUCAGCAAAUGAAGGUGGCUUCAGCCAGCCAGCAUUACCCUGGGUGCUCCGCAUGGGCUGUGCCUCGGAGGGGACUGUGAGCAGACAGCGGGGUGCUGGGGUUGCCCCUGCAGCUGGGAAUCCUCCCUGGGAUUUUUAAAUCCAAAGCUUUGAGCUAAAGAAGUGGUCAGACAUGGUAAUGGGACGGUGAUGCUCCCAUCUGGUGGGGGCAGCGGAGAGACAUCUCUUCUCGGCCGUGAGCUGCUCAGGGGUUGCAGCUGGUGUCGGGGUGGGUGCACAUAGCUGUAGCUUGGCUCUUCCACUCCCCCAGCAAGGGGAGGACAGACCCGAGCCGGCAAUGUGCGGCUUCAUGUCCUGCAAACCCCCAGCCCUUGGCAAAUAUUGGUGAGAUCCCCCUCUCCGGGGGCUGCAGCCUUCAAAGGCGAGGGAGGAACUUAGCAGCUGUGGUGUAUCCCAUGUUUGCAUUGCAGAAAAACCAUCCUCUGCAGCGGGCUGCGACUCUGUCAUACCGAGAGACAGAUCCCGCCCUCGACGUCCUCAAACCAAGAUGCUCCCAGCCGUGAACAAUAUGCCCAUUGUAAAAUACCGCGGGGCUACAGAGCCUCUCUGGCAUGAAUGGGACAGGAAAGCACAGAAAUGUGGAUUAAGACACACGGUCUAUGCUGUAAAUGGGGAUCAGUAUACCGGCGAAUGGCUGGACAACUUGAAGCAUGGUAAAGGCACCCAGGUAUGGAAAUGCACCGGAGCUAUUUAUAGUGGUGACUGGAAGUUUGGGAAGAGGGAUGGUUAUGGCUCAUACAGCAUUCCUGACCCUGUAACCAAGGAUUACAAGAAGGUGUACACAGGCUGGUGGAAAAAUGACCAAAAAUGUGGCUACGGGGUGACAUUUUACGCCGGCAGAAAGCGCUAUGAGGGCGAGUGGAGCGGUGGGCUGCGGAGCGGCUGGGGACGGAUGUACUACCGAGACGGCUCCAUCUACGAGGGGCAGUGGCUGGAGAACAAGCCCAACGGGCAGGGGAUGCUGCGGCUGCCAAAUGAAAAUCGGUACGAAGGAGGUUGGAAAGGUGGAAAGAAGCAUGGCCCAGGGAAAUUUUUCUACUUGGAUAAGGGACAGUUGUUUGAAGGUAUCUGGGCAGCAGAUAUACCAAAAUGUGGAAUUCUGAUUGACUUUGGCAGAGAUGAAGCUCCUGCCCCUACUCAGUAUCCAAUCCCAAAGAUUGAACUAGCUGAUCCAGAUGGUGUUUUAGCAGAGGCCCAGGCAAUGUUUGAUGACAGCCAAAAUUAAUAACCG